AUGGCAGGAAGCCCUGCAGAAGCCAAACAACAUGGAGGGAUGACUCAGCGAUCUGGACACUCCAAGUCGUUAAUGGUUUUUGGGGCCAUCACAUUGGAAGGCAAGAUGGCCCUGAUUUUCUUGGACAAAGGGGUCAAGGUGGAUAGCAAGACCUACUCAAAAGGCGUGCUGGACAAGGAGGUACUCCUCUGGACGAAAUCCCAUUUUGGCAACAGGACAUGGACUCAUUAA